GAGUUUGAUCAGAAUGAGGUGAAGAAGUUACAAGAGACAACAAACUUCGAUAAGGUCGAGGUGAAGAAGUUGUACGAGGUGUUUUUGGAGCUGAGCGAUGGCGGAAAGAAGCCAUUGAACAGAGAUCAAUUUAGACAGGGACUGGUCAAGCUACAGCAGGCCGGUCUUAAGAACCUGGACAACACACCAUUCCCAGACAGACUGUUCGACCUACUCGACAUAAACAAGGACAACACCGUAGACCUGCAGGAGUUUGUCGGUGGUCUCUCAAUGCUAUGCAAGGGCACAGUCGAAGAGAAGUUGGAGUUGUCAUUUAAGGCAUAUGACUUGGAUGGAAAUGGCUAUAUUUCAAAGAGCGAGUUGUCGUUGAUGUUUAAGCAGGCUUGGAUUUCAGGCUUCAAGGCACUCUCGUACCAGGCCAACGAUGAUCUCAACCCGGAUGACUUGCAGAACUUCUCUGAAGACAUGGCACAGAUAUUUGCAGAGGGUGCCUUCUCAUCGCUCGACACCAACGGUGAUGGCAAGCUGUCCUUCCAGGAGUUCAAGCAGUUCGCCAUGUCCAAUCCAAAGAUCACCGCCACGCUCAAUGGCACCAAGAAGGAUGUCCCCAUCACCUUU